AUGGCACAAAAUGGCGACGUACACAUGAGGACGUGAAGUAUUUAGCAAUGACAUUUUAGUGUGUCGUUUGGAGUGUUCUUUUAUAAGGCUGCGAUUCUCUCAGUUAUUUAAUUAUUGUAAAGUUACCGUCUCUCGAGGAGGCAUCAUAGCAAGACAAUGAGCGGAUCUGCGAUUCAGGAGAAGGUUUCUAGGCUGUUGAGCAGACAGAAUGGAAGACCUGCACUUAAAGCUACAAAACCCCUGGUGCUCAAAAAUGAGGUCCCUAUGCGUAAAAUGACGAAAGGAGAGGCCACGUGCGUUACAGAGAUGUCAUUGCUUAUGGCUUGCUGGAAACAGAACGACUUUAACAAUGCAUUCUGCCCUCAAGAAGUCACCGCUUUCUACACAUGUGUCGAAAAGGCGAAGAUGAGGAACCAAGGAAGGAAGGCAGGUCGACUUUUGCCUGAGGAAGUCAACACCUUAUUGAAACGAUUUCCCAACCAGGGAAGUCUGAUCUAAAAGUGCAGUUUCAUAGAUUAAUCAAAGAAAGGACAUUUUUAUUAUUUGAGCUCUGUUAAUGGGGACUUUAGUCUGAGUGCACUGGGCCAGCCAAUUGAUGAGAAAGGGGUGUGGAAAGCUUUACUGAAAAACAGCAAUGAAACUGUCACUGGGACUCAAACUCUGCCAAAAACACAUCAGCAGGUGCACGCAAAGCAAAUAAGCUGCAUUAAUAAGGGUUUGAAAGCUCUUUUGGAGAUUGAUACAAUUUCCUGACUGCACUCCUGUAAGUCAUUCCAUUAAAACAGAACAAAGUAUGAAAACUGGUUCUUUUGUUCACAUAAAUUGAGGGUCUACCAAGAAUAUACACUCACCGGCCACUUUAUUAGGUAUACCUUACUAGUACUAGGUUGGACCCCUUUUUUCUUCAGAACUACUUUAAUACUUCAUGGCAUAAAUUCAACAAGGUACUGGAAAUAUUUCUCAGACAUUUUGGUCCAUAUUGAAAUGACAGCAUCACACAGUUGCUGCAGAUUUGUUGGCUGCACAUCCAUGAUGGAAAUUUUUGAGUUACUGUUGCCUUUCUAUUAGCUCAAACCAGUCUGGCCUUUCUCCUCUGGCAUCAACAAGGCAUUUGCGCCCACAGAACUGCCCCUUACUGGAUAUUUUCUCUUUUUCUGACCAUUCUCUGCAAACCUCUAGAGAUGUUUGUGCAUGAAAAUCCUGGUAAAUUUGCAGUUUCGGAAAUACUCAGACCAGCCCGUCUGGCACCAACAACAAUGUCACUUUCAAAGUUACUUAAAUCACCUUUCUUCCCCCUUUUGAUGCUCUGUUUGAACUGCAGCAAAUUAUCUUGACCAUGUCUACAUGCCUAAAUGCAUUGAGUUGCUGCCAUGUGAUUGGCUGCUUAGAAAUUUGCAUCAACGUGCAGUUAGACAGGUGUACCUAAUAAAGUGGCCAGUGAGUGUAAAUCUCUCUUCAUUUACUCACUCAUAUCGUGUUGUGUUCAACAGUUGAAACAAUGUCAGUGACAAGUGCAUGAUAACAGAUUUUGUUUUUAGUAAUGCCCUCUAUAAUCAGAAUCUGUUAUUAAUGUUUAAAUUGCUUCCUCAGAUAAUUUCAGUGUUCUUAAUUAGAGCAUUAGUGGCAUGUUUAAUUUCUGCCAUUAAUUAAAAUGAGGAUGUGUGGGAC